CUCAUCUCUAUAAACAUUGUGGAAGAAAACAAAAAAGGAAUUUAUUAAGAAAAACAAUAAACUUUUAAUAAAAGCCGUUGUUUUCAAUACAUUACAAUGCCGGCCUACCACUCGCAGAUCAAAGAGUUCCGCCAACAGGUGGGCAACAUUGCCAUCCUCCCAUUACGUACGCAAGUUCGUGGACCAGCGCCCAUUGCUAACAAUGCUGAAAGCGACAUCAUUGAUGAGUCACUUUACUUUUUCAAAGCCAAUGUAUUCUUCCGCACCUACGAGAUCAAAUCCGAAGUGGAUCGCGUACUCAUCUAUGUUACUCUCUAUAUAACCGAGUGCCUAAAACGGCUGACUCGUUGCACUAGCAAAGCGCAGGGUCAACAGGAGAUGUAUAGUCUGGCCAUAUCGAAGUUCGAUAUACCCGGCGAGGCAGGAUUCCCCUUGAAUGCAGUCUAUGCCAAGCCGCAGGCUGCUCAAGAUGCGGAUCUCAUGCGGCAAUAUUUGCUGCAGUUGCGUCAUGAGACGGGCAAUCGGGUAUUGGAGAAGGUCUUUAGUACGGAUGAUGGCAAGCCGAACAAAUGGUGGACUUGCUUUGCCAAGAAAAAGUUCAUGGAAAAAAGUCUUGCAGGUCCAGGACAGUGAAAGACAGGUAUUUCUCGGCAAAUUUGAUAAAAACCUUCGUUUCAAAUAAGUGUAUUUGCAAGUCCCAUAAAACUCUACAUAAGUUAUAAUCAAAUUAUUAUUCUUGGCAUAAUGCAAGGCGAGAAUCGAUUUCCAUAGCGUAGAUUCGAACAGGUGUUUAUCUCGAAGCCCACUUCAAUGUUGUUAAAUACGUUUCUACUGAAACCUCGAAUAAGUGCAUAUAAACAUAAUAAUUAAAAAUCACUUUCAAUUAAUUAAAAUAAAAAAAAACAUUUCCAACUAGAAAAGCAUAGAUGCCAAUUUUUGAAAUAAA